AUGGGACAACAAUCUUCUCGUCUGCUGGAACUAAGCUCAACGAAGUUUACUUCGACAGGAUUGCACCACUCUGUCUGUACCAUGAUGACAAGAAAGGACAUCGUUGCUGUGCUGUGGCUCUUUAUGCUGGUUUGUCCCAUUGGAGCAAAUUUCUUGUGUAAACCGGAACAAAUAAUUUGGACCAACGCCGCUGGAAAGGCAGGAUAUCAAUGCUUGGACUGCCCCUCCUGUCCGGCUGGAUCAGAGCCUUCGGUACCAUGUGGAACCAAAAUUGAAAAUUGGACCGAUAUUCACUGUGUUCCAUGUCAUCUUGGCAAAACAUACUCUGACAAAUACGACAAGGCUCAUUGCAAGCCCUGCACGGUAUGCUCGACAGGGAAAGCAAUAUUGAAGAACUGCACCCUUCAGUCAAACAGCAAGUGUAGCAGGUGCAAAGAAGGAUAUUACUAUAAACCUUUGUCGUUUUCAUGUGACCCUUGUUCAGAGUGUUGUGGAGAUGAAAAAGACUUAGUUGAAAGCGAAUGCAGUAGUUACAAACACAAGUGCAAAGUUCGGUCCACACCGUGCAACAAACAAAUCAGGUCCACCAAAUCAACGCUCAGACUGACAAAACCCACGCCUCCUCCAAGCAUUGUGUCAACACAUCAACCAACAAGUUCAAUUGUCCUGAAAGAAACUAAGUCGUCAAUAAUGUCAACUCAGGUGGUUGAUAACGACGCGCCGACAGACAUAGGAAAGAUCGGAAUAAUUCUGCUUGCAGUUGCAGUCGUAGUUUCUUUUGGAAUUUUCGUCGCGAUCGUUAUUACGAAAUGCGGCAGACCAAGAAAUACACUGAAGCCUUCCGGGGAGCAGGAAUCGACGAGUAUUGAAAAAAUUUCUCCCAAAAUCAAGGCAGCUUCACAAUCCAAUGAAUCCAUAUCACCUUCUCUGCAUUCCGUUUUUAUUCAAUCAAGUGGAUCAAUGACACUUCUUCACAACUGGUGUGAGUCGUCCGAUGGAAGUGGGCUUCCAAUACCACAAUCUCAAGAUUCAGCAUCGUUACCGCCUUCACGGUCCGACGCGCCUGCACAUGUUGAAUACGCAGUUAGCCCAGAGGAUGUGACCCUCGAAAAGCUGGAAGAAAAUCACCAUGACGUGUUCGACUUGAUGUGUGAUGAGCUUGAAACCAUGCAAAGAGGCCGAUGGAACUUUGAAAGACUAGCUUUCCGGUACAACAUUCCAUCCACAAUCGUGAGAUCUUUGAAAAAUGCGUUCCAACGUAACGGUAGUCCCUCUCAUGAAUUAAUGGACCAUUUGAAGGCGACACACCCCGAUUUACCUCUUUAUCAUGUUAUCGAUAACCUGGAGAAGAUUGGAAGGAAUGAUAUCGCACAGGGAUUGAGGCCGUACCUGAAAAAAACGAUGACAUUUCAUUAGCUUAAAGACUUUCGCAAAGAUUGUUAACUCGUGCUCUGUGCAUGUGAGUAUACGAAAACAUUUUUAGACAGGAAUGAUUGAGAAUGAUUUUUUGAUGCAGCCCUUUUGAUAUGUAAAUUGGCAAAACUAAACACUCUAGGACACCAUAACAAAUGACGUUCCAUAGUAGAAAAGCGUGACAGUUCACCCGUUCUGUGUAUAUUUUUUACUAAAAUGUUAUUUAGGUUG